CCGACCUCGCGGGCAGCCAGCGCUAGGCCGAUUCGAACUCGACCUUGUUUUGGCGUUGCUAGGAGACGCGGCUCCUGCGCGCCCCCAACAGGCCGGCGCCCGGGCGGCGCGCGGGAGGGGGCGGGGACUGUCGCGUGGAGCUGCUGGGCGAGCACCGUUAGGGCAGCCUGGCGCGCGGCGCCCGCCAGGCGCCCAGUCCUCCGCCAUCGCCCACGCCUUCCUGGUGCCAGGGAACAGGUAUCAGCGCGCCUCCCCAGCGGCUGGGAGAAACGCUGAGUGAAGCGAAGGAAGGACGGUUAGUCAGGUGAGCUGCGGCUGGGUGGGCGGCCGCGGCGGCCACGCCCUGUCGAGGGAGAAGAGCCGAUUGUGUGCGGAGGGGCAGGGUGAAGGGAUCCCGCUCCGGGGAAGGUGGGCUUACCCUAGCGGGCGCGCCAGGUCUCAUCUCUAGCACCUCAGGGGCCCGCGCGGUCACAGCCGGCACCCUCGGGCAUGCGGACAAAGGGUUAACGCGUUGGCGGUGACUGCGGGCCCCGGAUGUGAGAGCCUCAGCUUGGCGCCCUGGCUGCGCUGCAGGUGCGCCGGGCCGAACGGAGCCGGCAGCCUGGCGGCGACCUGACCGCCCGAGGCUCCCCUUCACCUGCAGCGGCUGCUCGGCUCCCUCCGAGAACGCCGCCUUUUCUAACUUAAGGGCAACAGGUGGUGCCGGUGGACCGAGAGAGAGCCCAGCUCCGCCGUGCUGGGAGCGGCGGUUACCCUCACCAAUUACGGAGUGGGGGCGGGAGUUGCAUGGCUACCCUGAUGCGGGUGACCAAUGGGAUUUGGGAUCAUGGGUGGACCGGGAGGAGUGGGCGUGGUCGGAGUCUGAGUCCAAGGUUUCUAGUGCGAUAACUGCCAGAGCUGCUUGGAGAGCUAAGCUGGAAAGACGUGGGGGUGCUUAUCCCUGCGUGGAAACGCUUGCCAAUGCUUUCUCAUUUGGACCCAGACUCCGGAUCGGGAGCAGUCUUAUAGCUGAAUCAGCUACCAAGAGAAGUUCUAAAGCGAGAAGAGAAAAGCACUUCAAUUUGGGACAUUUAUUUGCACCUGGAAAUGGGGAAUGGGCUGUCAGACCAGACUUCUAUCCUGUCCAACCUGCCUUCAUUUCAGUCCUUCCACAUUGUUAUUCUGGGUUUGGACUGUGCUGGAAAGACAACUGUCUUAUACAGGCUGCAGUUCAAUGAAUUUGUAAAUACCGUACCUACCAAAGGAUUUAACACUGAGAAAAUUAAGGUAACCUUGGGAAAUUCUAAAACAGUCACGUUUCACUUCUGGGAUGUAGGUGGUCAGGAGAAGUUAAGGCCACUGUGGAAGUCAUAUACCAGAUGCACAGAUGGCAUUGUAUUUGUUGUGGACUCUGUUGAUGUCGAAAGGAUGGAGGAAGCCAAAACUGAACUUCACAAAAUAACUAGGAUAUCAGAAAAUCAAGGAGUCCCUGUACUUAUAGUUGCUAACAAACAAGACUUGAGGAACUCAUUGUCUCUUUCAGAAAUUGAGAAAUUGUUAGCAAUGGGUGAACUGAGCUCAUCAACUCCUUGGCAUUUGCAGCCUACCUGUGCAAUCAUAGGAGAUGGCCUAAAGGAAGGACUUGAGAAACUACAUGAUAUGAUCAUUAAAAGAAGAAAAAUGUUGCGGCAACAGAAAAAGAAAAGAUGAAUAUCAAUACCUAUUAUAUCUGUGUGGAGUAGGUUUUCUCUGGUCUGAUUUUGACAAAUAGAAGAGUGUCUACAACCUGGUUUGCCUGUCUGCCCUCCUGGAUGCUAUUAAAGCUUGUUUUGUUGAACAAUCAGAUGCCCAACUCUGUUGCCUUGUGGAAGAUGAGUAAAUGCAGUGCUUCUUAAAGUGGUCUCUUCUCCCUACCCCACAAAUCUUUUGGUACUAGCAUUUGGGGAAGCCAAGCAAGGAUAGGAAAUUGACCAGAACACAGUUGUGGAAAUUUGGCCUGAAGUUAGUGAAAUAAAACUUUCAAGAGUGUC